GCCGAUCAACAGCCUCACUCGCGCACCGCGCUCCCCUCCCACCAUGAAAUUCUUUAUCGACGACCUCCCCGUCCUUUUCCCGUAUCCUCGUAUCUAUCCCGAACAGUAUGCCUACAUGUGCGAUCUCAAAAAGACCCUCGAUGCCGGGGGUCACUGCGUCCUGGAGAUGCCUUCGGGUACCGGAAAGACCGUAUCACUACUCUCGUUGAUUGUCGCCUACCAGCAACAUUAUCCGGAGCACAGAAAGCUCAUCUACUGUUCUCGAACCAUGUCCGAGAUCGAAAAGGCCUUGGCCGAGCUGAAGGCACUGAUGAAGUUCCGUGCUGAGCAACUGGGAUACACCGAGGACUUCCGCGCGCUGGGUCUGACGAGUCGAAAGAAUCUGUGCCUGCAUCCCUCGGUCAAGCGGGAAAAGAGCGGUGCAGUGGUUGAUGCAAGGUGCCGGAGUUUAACUGCAGGAUUCGUCAAGGAGAAGAAAGAGAGGGGCGAGGAUGUCGAACUAUGUGUAUAUCAUGAGAACCUCGAUCUUCUCGAACCUCACAACCUCGUUCCUCCUGGUGUCUUCACUCUUGACGGCUUACUCAAAUACGGCGAAGCGCACAAGCAAUGUCCGUACUUUUCAGCUCGGCGCAUGAUGCCCUUUUGCAACGUCAUCAUAUACUCCUAUCACUACCUGCUAGACCCCAAGAUCGCCGAGAGGGUAUCUCGAGAACUCUCCAAGGACUGUAUUGUCGUCUUCGACGAAGCGCACAACAUCGACAACGUCUGUAUCGAAUCACUGAGCAUCGACCUGACGGAGGACUCGUUACGAAAAGCGACAAGAGGGGCGAACAACCUGGAACGCAAGAUUAAUGAGAUGAAGAGCUCGGAUGCAGAAAAGCUCCAGAAUGAAUAUUCAAAACUUGUCGAAGGCCUACGGGAAGCUGAACAGGCGCGAGAGGAGGAUCAGUUCAUCUCAAAUCCCGUCCUACCAGAUGAUCUACUCAAGGAAGCCGUGCCAGGAAACAUCCGACGAGCGGAGCACUUUAUAUCCUUCCUUAAAAGAUUCAUCGAAUACUUGAAGACUCGAAUGAAAGUCAUGCAUACCAUAUCCGAAACGCCUCCUUCGUUCUUAACGCACGUGAAAGAUCUUACCUAUAUCGAGCGGAAGCCUCUCCGAUUCUGCGCCGAACGAUUAACCUCGCUCGUGCGCACCCUAGAGCUUAUCAACAUAGAAGACUAUCAGCCGCUCCAGGAGGUAGCUACGUUCGCGACUCUCGUUGCAACGUACGAGAAAGGUUUCUUGUUGAUCUUGGAGCCGUUUGAAUCAGAGGCAGCUACAGUACCCAACCCGGUAUUGCACUUCACCUGUUUAGAUGCUGCUAUUGCCAUUAAGCCGGUGUUCGACCGGUUCAGCUCCGUCAUUAUCACCUCCGGAACUCUGUCGCCUCUCGAAAUGUACCCGAAGAUGCUGGGAUUCAACACCGUGAUGCAGGAGUCAUACAGUAUGACCCUCGCACGUCGAUCCUUCCUCCCCAUGGUCGUAACCCGCGGUUCCGACCAAGCCCAGAUUUCCUCCUCUUUCCAAAUCCGCAACGACCCGGGUGUCGUCCGAAACUACGGCAACCUGGUCCUUGAAUUCGCUCGAGUCACUCCAGACGGCAUCGUCGUCUUCUUCCCCUCCUAUCUCUACAUGGAAUCCAUCAUCAGCAUGUGGCAAGGCAUGGGCAUUCUCGACUCUAUUUGGAACUACAAAUUAAUCCUCGUCGAGACCCCCGACGCCCAAGAAUCUUCUCUCGCCCUCGAAACCUACCGGACCGCCUGCUGCAACGGACGAGGCGCCAUUCUCUUCUGCGUCGCCCGAGGAAAAGUCUCUGAAGGUAUUGAUUUCGACCAUCAUUACGGCCGCGCCGUCAUCAACAUCGGUGUCCCAUUUCAAUACACCGAGUCCCGUAUCCUGAAAGCCCGCCUCGAAUUCCUCCGCGAAAACUACCGCAUCCGAGAAAACGACUUCCUCUCCUUCGACGCGAUGCGUCACGCCGCACAAUGCCUGGGCCGUGUCCUCCGUGGCAAAGACGACUACGGAGUCAUGGUUCUCGCCGAUCGCCGAUUCCAGAAAAAGCGAAACCAGCUCCCCAAAUGGAUCAACCAAGCCAUGCUGGAAAGUGAAACUAACCUGAGUACCGACAUGGCUGUAGCCACCGCCAAGAACUUCCUACGGACCAUGGCCCAGCCAUUCAAAGCCAGAGACCAAGAAGGUAUCUCGACGUGGAGCUUAGCCGAUCUGGAAAGACAUCGCGAGAAGCAGAGGCUGGAGGAAGAACGAGCCCAGCGUCAAGCACUCGCUCACGAUGCAAAUGGUGCAUAUAACGGCGUUCGCAACGGCACGGUUCCCGAUGAAUUUGAUGACGAUAUUGAUGAAGAUUUGAUGAUGUUGGAUGCGCAGUGAACUCCUCCCUCCUUAUUAUUAUUUACUGUCUAUCUUGGACGCUUGAUUUUUGUUCUCCCUCGGCAGUCCUUGCAAAAAAUGCAUGAUACCACGGUUCGUCUGGUGUUUUCAAUUCGGUCAAAAUGUACAAUAUAGCAAGGCGUCCUUUCCUAGAUAGGAAAUGUUCCUUUACCUUACUUUACAUGUUUUGC